CAUGAUGUUGUAAACAAAGAAGUCCAAUGUAAAAGUUACUGUUGAUUAAAAAUUCCAUAACUGCAUUUAAAAAAAUGUGACAGAUAUCAGGUCUGAUCAAGGAAGUUCUUAGAAGAUUCCUGGAAAUAGUUAUAAGGUAUUAAUAUACUAAUGAACAGGUGGAAAAACCCUCUCAUUGCGAAACUACAACAAAGCAAACAGAACCAACCUAAAAAUAAAUUCCUUCUUUGAUAAAUUAAAGAAAAAUAAGUGAUAACUCGUAUCAGAUAAAUCCCCUAGAGGUGACAAAAUGUUACGUUGCUAAUUCUUAGCUGAUACAAUAAUUAAUAUAAGAAAAUAUUUAACUAAAAAAAUAAAACUUAGCUAAAGAUUCAAUCAUAAAUUAGUUAAUAACAAAUAAUGACAUUUCCACAGUAAAUCAGUAGAGAUCAAGCACAUCUUAAACUGAAAGACAAUGUACUAAACAGAAGAACUAAUUGAGCAAGUAAGAUCAUAACUAAUAUCUAGGUAAAAGAAUUCACAUAAGAGUAUGGAAGAACUAUCCUCGCUCGGAUUCACAUUUUGCAAUACGGAACAAAAAAAUAACUAAUUAGAAUCUGGAUAAGUCUCGAUAAAAUCAUCAAAAAGCCCCAUUAAACUGCCAAAAGAAUUUUUGAUAAUUCCAAGCCAAAAAAAGUAUUUUGUUUGAGUCUUUUGUCAGAUAGGUUUCAAUGAUGAGUAGUUAAUUAUUAUAAAAUAUUAUAUAUAAAAUUAAAAUAAUUAGAUGGGCUCGUGUUGUGCAAACACUACGCAAGACAAAGAAUCUUUUACUGCUAAUCCAGCUCCAAUCUAAAUAAGUAACGAGAAUUUGGAGAUUAAGGAACCUACAAAAAUUAAGGAAUCCAAUGAAACUCCAAGUUCACCCAUAAGAUCAGAAAAAAUCGAUGUAUUAGUUCAUAUUAAAAUAUAGCACAGGAAGAGAAUUAUGGAAGCAUUAAGAGUUAUCGAGGAGUGUUGAUCGAGAACACUAAUGUAUAUAUGCAUUCUUUUAAUAGUAUAGAUAUUUGAUGAACAAUCCUCACUAGCUCUAACCAUAUUUAAUUCUUUAGGUAUUUAUGUUAAGAAUCAAAGGUCCGUUUCCAUUUCCAAUAAUCAAAGAUCAGACACUUACUUAUGCUGGUCCAGUUCAAAUCGAAGCAGGGUAUUUCUGAAGUAGAAAUUAGAUCCUUUUAUAUGGGAUAAUGGUCAGAUGGCAAAAGACACGGGUUUGGAAAAUAGUUAUAUCCUUUUGGAUCAAUCUAUGAAGGAGAGUGGUACAACGAUCAGUAGUAAGGAUAUGGGAGAAUGGUUCUUCCAAACGGGGAUUAGUAAAUUAUAAGUGUAUAAUGUAAGUUACGAAGGAGAAUGGAGGAGUGACAAGGCUUGGGGAACUGGAAAAUAUGUUACCAUAGACGGAACUACAUACAAUGGUGAAUGGGUGGAUGAUAAAUAACAUGGGGUAAACAUAGAUAUCUAUAAUGAGAAAGGUGUUGAGGAGUGGAAAAAUGGUUAAAAAUAUGAAGGCAAUUACUUAAAUGGUUAAAAAACUGGAUAUGGAGUGUUUUAUUGGCCUGAUGGUUCCAAAUACGAAGGGGAAUUACUGGAUGGAAUGCCUCAUGGGAAUGGAGAAUACAUUUGGAGGGAUGGCAAAAAGGUAUAUAGGAGAUUGAAAUUAGUAUAAAGGAGAAUGGAUGUUUAAUUAGAUGCAUGGGUAUGGAAUAUAUAUUUGGCCCGACGGAAAGAUCUACAAGGGGAAUGUAUAUUAAUUUUACGAGUAAUUUUAGUUUGAAAAAGACUAAAGAGAAGGGUAUGGGGAAUUGGAUUGGUCGGAUGGCAGGUUGUAUAAAGGUAAUUGGAAAAAUGGUAAAUAACAUGGCGAAGGAGCAUUUAUUUAUAAAAACAAAAUAAGAAAAGGAGUUUGGUAAAAUGGCUAACCAACAAAGUGGCGUCAAAGUGAAAUAUUAUCAAUAUAAUGA